AUGGCAGACACAUCAUUCCCCACCAGUGGGGAUACCACACGAGUCGAUCCAUUACCUCAAUUCGAUAUGAGCUUCUCAGCCGGCGCAUGGGAUGACAGAGAGCUCGUAAGGGCUUACGACAGUGCUUUGGAAGAAUUUCACGUACAUCACCCAGGUCCUGGCUCAUGGUUGGACAAGACGACAGCCCUUCUGGCGAAGGGUCAUCCUAUGUACGGAAUCCAAGAUAAAGAGGCAGGGUGGUAUGCUGCGUCCAAAGAUAAAACCUUGGACGCCAGCUCUACUUCCGACCCUCAAUCUAGUAAGCGGCGUAAAGUCAGCUCGACGCCCAAUGGUAAAGCGUCUACCACAACAGUUGUCAACCCGUCACCAUUGACAACAGCCAUCAACCCUUAUGAUCUUCCUGUCGACCAGACAACUGAAGCUGGGCAUGUGAACCCGUACGGAGGAGCAUUCCUCCCACCCCGUCGGCAAAGAGGUUCGCCCGUGUAUGAGCCGUCGUCGCCUCCGGCGGUAUCAGUCCCAUUGCCGAAUGGAGCGGAUCCUCAGCAUUCAGGGCAGGCCCUUUCGAUCCCUCGCUCGGAUCAUCGCGCCGGGCCAUCUCGUCGGACCCGAGCUGCUCGGACUGAGCAGAGGCCCGAGACGGUCCCCGCUGGCCCGUCCCACGAGCAUGGACCGAUACUUGGUGUUCAAGCUACCGCAGGCACGACGCAUGAACAAGCUUUAGGGUAUGCGAUGACCGCGCAGUAUUGGGCUGGAUACUGGAUGGGUGUGGCUCAGAGCAGGAGCGAGACUUUAUAUACCGUGGCACAGCCGGUACCGGUGGAACUUCCUGUGAACGUUUCGGGACCAGCAGGAGAAGCUGCCUCCGAGGAGACGACCUCAAGCUCGGAAGAAGAGUCGAGCUCGGAGGAGGAGACCGAAGAUGCGGCGGCCAAUGGGCAAAAUGUAUCAACAAACAAUGUCUUUGUCACUCGAAAGCAAUUUACGAGACCAGCAGUCGGUCAAGCGCUGAAGAGGUAG